AGACAGGAAGACAACACAAAAAUCUUGUUUUUCUUCCUCUGAACUGUGACUGUGAGACUUGAGACACUUGGCAAUAACUUUUUACCAUCAAAAAUGCAUUUAUUCAAUAAAUUCUAAGAAUAUUUUUAUUCAUUGUCAAUUAAAUCAAAACUAAAUAAUUUUAAGAAAACAUUUGAUUGGUGUUUUAUUGCUUUAACAAAGCUUACAAAAAGUUUUUAGGAAUCAAAAGUGUGUCUUCAACAAUAAUGUCGAUGAAUAACUUAACAGUAGACGGAGAAUUCCGCUAUAUAAUCCAAUGGUUCAAUGAAUGGAGCGAGUUGCAACGUGAUGACUUCGUUCCAAUUCUUGUUGAUUAUUUGACCCGCGAAUCUUCCGGGGUUUACGUAAAUGGAGUGGUUAGCGGUAUGGCGAAUGCCGAGGUAAUAGACAAACCAAUGAGUCUAUUCCAAUGCAGGAUCAAACUCUUCAAAGAAUGGUCACCUAAAUGGCCAGAAGAAAUGAAAAACAGGCUCAAAGAGAAAAUUAUCGAAAUGGACUCAAAAGUAGCUGAAAAAAUAAUUCAAGAAUUAAAAUCAGCGUCCGGAAUUGAAGUUACAACAAAUGGCAAUACAACUCCUGAAUCGGAAUCAGUUGAAUUAGUUGUGAAUGGCAAUAAUGUCGCCGUCAAUGUUGAAGAACUUCACGAAGAACCUGAAGUUCAUGAAUAUGUUUCUCCACCAAUUGUUAUAAACGAAGAAGUUCCUCCAGUUGCUUAAAUACAAAAAAACUAACAAAAAUAAAAACAAGCAACAUAUUUUGAUUUCUGAGCCACACACAAACAAAUAUUAAAUAAAUUAAAUAUUUACUACAUUCCCUGAAAUUAUUUAUAUUAUAUUAUAAACAAAAGAAGACAUUUUUUAAUAUAUUCAUAUAUAUAAAAGAUAUAUUUAUUAACUUUUUUUUUAAUACAACGCACAUUGCAAUAUUUAACAAAAUAAAUAUCGUUAUAUUAACUUUGUGGGAAGGGGUUUAAUUCAGAUUUAGUUUUUCUUUUUUAAUUUAAAUAAAAUGUAUUCUUUCUUUUUUAAAAACUCAAUUUCGAAAUAUAUUUUAAGCAUUCCAUAAAUUUGCUCAUUAACUUAAGAAAAUAUUCAAAUACAACUACUUUUUUAUAUUUACAAUGUGUUAAGGUCGAAAACAAAACGAAAAAUUAUCUCGAAAUUCAAAAAUAAGACUUAUAAAUUGUAUUAAUAUCUAUGUAUGUAAGUUCAAAGAACAAAUUUUUAUAAUUUUUUUUAUUGUGAAAAAUAUAUAACAGAAAUAUAGUUCUUUUUUAUAUUGUGGACAA